AUGAUUGAUGGUUGUAUGUGUGGGUUGAUCGAUCACAUAUUGGACUUGUCAACAAAGAGUUCGAUCAAACCAAAGAAAGUGUUGGACCUUGGUACUGGAACAGGAUGUUUGUUAUUGAGUGUGUUGGAGGAAUUCCCCAAUGCAGUUGGUGUUGGUGUAGACAAGUCAUCAGAGGCAUUGGAUGUCGCGAGGACCAAUGCCAAUCAAUUGGGAUUUGGUCUCAGAACACAAUUCAUUCAAUCAAACUGGUUAAACAACAUUGACUCAUCAGUACAUCGCAACUUUGACCUAAUCAUUUCCAAUCCACCCUAUAUCGCACCAGCUGACUAUCCACAUCUCAAUCCAACUGUAAACGCUUGGGAACCAGUCACUGCAUUGGUGGCCAAUAGAGAAGGAUUGGAAGAGUAUGAUGUUAUAUCAAAGUCAAUCAUGGAAAAGAAGAUACUGGAUCGUGAUGAUGGACUACUCGUGUUUGAGAUUGGCAAGGAUCAGGAGAAUGACAUUGUGGACAUUGUCCAAGCAAAUGGAUUCAAACUGGACUCGAUGCGCAAGGACUUGGGAGGCAUAUUCAGGUCAUUGGCAUUCCGAUCACACAACUAA